UUUUUUUUUUGUCAAUUUUAUUUUCUUGUUCAAAUUGUUUGUUGUUGAUUUUAAUCUGGUUUGUGUGGUGAGUUAAUAGUGAAAAUGUCGGAAUUUGAUUACGACGAUGAUGAGAGUAAUGAUCGACCAGAGCAUGAGGAACAUGAUUCAGAUGAAGAUACCGAAGAUGCUUCAGAAACUGAGGUUGCAGCUGAUAUGGAAAGAUAUGACGGUGAUUAUCUUGAAAUUAAGGAACAGUCAGAUAUUCUUCACAGAAUGUACCAGGAUAAAUUGGCAAGUCUUAAGGAACAAUUGAAACAAUUAGAAGAUGGAACUCAUCCUGAUUAUAUUAAGAGACUUGAGAAGUAUGAACAAGAAUAUGAUGAUAGAUUAAUUUUAAAUGAAGCUUUUUUAGAUUAUGAGACAGAAAGAGCUGAGAAAGAAUUUAUAAGUGAACAAAGAGCAGCUCUAAGGGAUUUUGAAGAGCGAAAAGUUGAAUUGGAAGAGACUCUGAUUGCCGAUUUAGAAGAGAAGAAAAAAAUAGCUGAAGCAGAGAGACUUAAUCUAGAACUUGCUUCUGAUUCAGUGGAACACAAGCCAACAGUUACCCGGAAAUUAAGGAGAAGACCAAAUGAUCCAACACCAGCACCAGAGAAAAGAAAACGAGGCUCACCUGCACAAUUGAAUUGUCUCCUGGAAGAAAAUUUAAUCAUCGAAGAUCUGAGAGCCAUCAAUAGACCAGCCGAAGAACAUUCUGAUGCCCAAGAAUCCGAUACAAUUGACGUUCGUAUCGAAGAUGGUAAAUUAUAUUAUGAGAGAAAAUGGUUCCAUCGGGGUCAAUUUGUUUCCCUGAGAACCCAAGAAAACACAGAGACCAGUGGAACCCUCGCAUCGAUAUCAUUUACUGAGAUUUGGGUUAAAAAGUCCGAUAAUUCAAGAUUUCGUGUAUCAUUAUCACAAUUACAACGAGGCAAAUACUCAAUUCACAAAAGAUCCUCAUAAAAUUGAUUAACAUAAUUAAUCUUGACCAUUUAUUUUCACAAUUCCCAAGAAUCAACUAACCGAGUGCCUUAUACACACUUGAUCAUCUUAAUCAUAUAAUAAUCAUAAUCAUCAACACCAUCAUCGUCAUCAUCAAUCCCUCGCACAAUCGGCUACUAAUUUGAGGAGAAAACCCAAUAUAAAGAGAGACAAUUAAAUUUGUCAAACGAAAAACAAACAAAUCAUAAUUUACUUUGAUUUACGUUUAUUUAGUCAAACAAAACAAAGAGACCUUGUUAAAGAAAAAGCUAAAUUACUCAAACGGAAUCAAUUUAAAAAGGCGAUCAACUAAUCAACGUGAAAAGAUUGGCCCAGAAAAAUUAACAAACAAAUCGUAUUAAUCAACACCCGAAAAUCAAUGAGAAGUAUAAUUAUAAUGUAUUCUUUCAAUUAAAUACAUAUAUAUAUAUCUAUAUCUAAAUUGAUAUCAACUGCAUAAUGUACCAUAAACCAAUCGUAAUGACGUUAAAUUGCCAAGUGAUUAACUGA